AUGGAACAAUACAACUCCCCUGACGAGAAGCCAUGGGUUCCCAUCUUGAAACCAAGGAAAUCUGGAGUGGUGGCCUACGGUAAAUUCGCUGUGGAAGAGUACAACAGAUCGAGCAACGCCAGCCUGGAGUUCAAGAGCGUCCUGCAGGGGGCCCAGCGAAAAAUUGGCGGGAGAAAGUACACGUGGCUUGACAUCAAUACCUCGAAUGGGAAGUACAGGGCGGAUAUGUACGGCUGGGGAGGUUCCAAGGGUCACAAAGUCCUCAUCUCUUUUAACAAAUUAAAUUAUUAG